CGCCCGCGGCGGGCGGUUCGAACUGUUCGGGUCUUGGUUGCGCUCUACUGUUUGUUGCCUCGGGCUGUAGCUAAGCCCUAGGGUUUUCCUUACAACCUCAGGGCCCACACCCUGUGUGGGGAGACUGCUUGGAACCAAUGGUUUUUUUGGGGAAACUUCCAGCAAGUCCAAGAGAAAGCCCACGGGCGCCGGGGGAGAACGGAAAGCUAGUCUUGCAUUUCCGUGCUGGAGAUCAGGAUUUUGUGAGGCUCUUCUACUCCUUUUUCAAGUCCCUUGUGGGCAAGGAUGUAGUCGUGGAACUCAAGAAUGACCUGAGCAUCUGUGGAACCCUGCACUCUGUGGACCAGUACCUCAAUAUCAAACUAACCGACAUCAGUGUCACAGACCCUGAAAAAUAUCCUCACAUGUUAUCAGUCAAGAACUGCUUCAUCAGGGGCUCGGUUGUCCGCUACGUGCAGCUGCCAGCAGACGAGGUGGACACACAGCUGCUGCAGGAUGCAGCAAGGAAGGAAGCCCUUCAGCAGAAACAGUGAUGGCGCCUUUCCCCUCCCCUCACUUCCCCAUUGGUGACCCAUAACUUGAUGUCCAACCGAGGACAAGACACCCCUGCCCAAUACUCAGUGUGUUUUGUUUUGUUAAUGAUUGUUUUUUCUUUUUAACUGAAUGGAUGAGAGAGAAUUCCUCUGUGGAGAAGGGAGGGUGAGAGAGCCAGGACCUGCAGGAUGUUCCUGGAGUGGCUCCCAGUCUGCACCUCCUUCUCACCUUCCCUGGAGAUGGGAGCUGCAGCCUAGGCCCUUCCAUGGCGACAUGUGAUACAUUUGAGGGAUGGAAAGAUCUGUCCCGCAUCGGGAAUAAAACUUAUGAUGCAAACUGAA